AUGGCAACCAUGCGCGCAGUCGACAUCAAGGGCGGAAAGGGUCCCAUUUCCGCCCUCUUCAUCAACCCCGACACUCCCAAACCGGUGGCCAAGGGCAGCCAGGCUCUCGUCAAAAUCAAGGCUUUUGGCCUGAACCGCAUGGAUCUCCUCCAGCGAGAAGGCGGAUACCCGUUACCACCGCAGGCGGGCCCGAUCAUGGGCGUCGAAUUUUCCGGUACCAUCGAGGCCUUUGGCUCCGAACCCGAACGGGGCUUCAACAUCGGCGACGAGGUCUUUGGCCUCGCCUACGGUGGCGCCUACGCCGAGUACAUCGCCGUCAGCACGCACAUGCUGGUACACAAGCCCAAGGAACUCAGCUGGGAGGAGGCGGCUGGCAUCCCCGAGACGUGGAUCACGGCGACGCAGGCGCUCUACCUGGUGGGCGAGUUCAAGCCGGGCAUGUCGGUGCUGUGGCACGCGGGGGCGUCGAGCGUGUCGAUCGCGGGCAUCCAGCUGUCCAAGGCCGACAACGCCUCGGCCGUGUACGUGACGGCGAGCUCACGCGAGAAGAUUGAGUUUUGCAAGUCGCUGGGCGCGACCGAGGGUUUUUCGUACAAGGAGGGCGACUGGGCGCAGGCCUUGCUCAAGCAAACCGACGGCAAGGGCGUCGACCUGAUUGUCGACUUCAUCGGCGCCGGCUACUUUGACCAGAACCUCGACGCGGCGGCCCGCGACGGCCACAUCGUCAACCUGGGCAACUUGGGCGGCAACGUCGUCGAGAAGCCCGUCGACGUGUCGCGCUUCCUGCGCAAGCGCCUCCGCUACGAGGGGUCCAGCCUCCGCAGCCGUGACGAGGCCUACCAGGGCCGCCUGCGCGACAUGCUCGUCGAGCACGCCCUGCCCCGCUUCAUCGAUGGCCGCUUCAAGGUCAUUGUCGAAAAGGUCUUCAAGAUGUCCGAAAUCCAGGAGGGCCACAAGAUGCUUCAGAGCAACCAGACCAUGGGCAAGUUGAUCUGCACCGUCGACUGA